UAGUUCCGGAGCGCAUGUGCGGUGCUUGAAAAAUCCAAUUAGAGUUGUACCAUGAAGUCCGUCGUUCCGUGAAGCUGUAAAGAUUGCAGUGAUUAGAGAGUGACACCAGUGGUUGUGUUGCAUGUGUAGGCGUCGAUAAGAAAAGAAAAUUGCACCGCACAGUAUGGCCUCGGUCGCCGCUUGGCUACCCUUCGCCAGGGCGGCGGCCAUUGGGUGGGUUCCAAUUGCAACCCACCCUUUGCCCCCGCCACCAAUUCCCAAGGACCGCCGCAAGUCAGACGACGAGAAGCUCAUUAUCAAUGUCUCUGGCCGUCGCUUUGAGACUUGGCGCAACACACUCGAGAAAUAUCCUGACACUCUGUUAGGCUCAAAUGAACGAGAGUUCUUCUAUGACGAAGAGAGCGGAGAGUACUUUUUUGAUCGGGAUCCAGACAUUUUUCGUCAUAUACUUAAUUACUAUCGUACGGGAAAGCUGCAUUACCCAAAGCACGAGUGUCUCACGAGCUAUGACGAGGAGCUAGCCUUCUUUGGAAUCCUGCCCGACGUUAUUGGUGACUGCUGCUAUGAAGACUACCGUGAUCGAAAGCGCGAAAAUGCGGAACGAUUGAUGGACGAUAAGCUUUCUGAGAAUGGCGACCACAAUCUUCAGCAACUGACAAACAUUCGUCAGAAAAUGUGGCGAGCUUUUGAAAAUCCGCACACUUCGACGGCCGCGCUGGUGUUUUAUUAUGUCACCGGAUUCUUCAUUGCCGUGUCCGUGAUGGCGAACGUAGUGGAAACGGUGCCGUGCGGUCGGCGCCCAGGACAUGCUGGCACACUACCAUGCGGUGAACGCUACAAAAUUGUUUUCUUUUGCCUAGAUACGGCCUGUGUGAUGAUCUUCACAGCUGAGUACUUGUUGCGUCUCUUUGCGGCGCCCGAUCGCUGCAAGUUUGUACGCAGUGUAAUGAGUAUCAUCGACGUGGUAGCCAUUCUACCAUACUACAUUGGACUCGGCAUCACGGACAAUGACGAUGUAUCUGGUGCAUUUGUAACCCUGCGCGUCUUCCGGGUGUUUCGUAUCUUCAAAUUCUCCCGCCACUCCCAGGGUUUACGUAUCCUGGGCUAUACACUCAAGUCCUGCGCCAGUGAACUUGGUUUUCUCGUUUUCUCACUCGCCAUGGCCAUCAUUAUUUUCGCUACGGUGAUGUUCUACGCUGAGAAAAAUGUCGAUGGAACUAACUUCACAUCCAUCCCUGCCGCCUUCUGGUAUACCAUCGUCACGAUGACUACACUUGGAUAUGGAGACAUGGUGCCCGAGACGAUUGCCGGAAAGAUCGUCGGUGGCGUUUGCUCGCUCAGUGGUGUCCUCGUGAUCGCGCUACCCGUGCCCGUUAUUGUGUCUAACUUCUCGCGUAUCUACCAUCAAAAUCAGCGCGCCGAUAAGAGGAAGGCCCAGAGGAAAGCACGUCUGGCGCGUAUUAGGAUUGCCAAGGCUUCUUCAGGAGCAGCGUUCGUAAGUAAGAAGAAAGCUGCCGAAGCGCGCUUGGCAGCACAAGAAAGCGGCAUUGAGCUGGAUGACAAUAUGCGUGAAGAAGACAUGUUUGAGAUGCAGCACCAUCAUCUUCUGCGCUGUCUUGAGAAGACCACAGAUAGAGAAUUCGUAGAGCUGGAGAAUUCCUACAACGGUGCACCCAAGAGAGCAGGCUCACCGUCGCCAAUGGCCAGUCCAGCGCAUUCCACCAACAGCACAGCAGGAUUGCUCCAGUCUUGCUGUGGCCGCUGCUGCUUUCAGCGAUACCAGCCAUGCCAAAGAUGUAGAAGAAAUAUGUAGGAAUAUCAAAUCAAAAUCGAGCGUAUUGAGAGGAAAAAAGACAAAAUUAUACCCCAUUUGAUGCGACACACCCUAGCUGGUGACACAGAGAAGACGGACCAGCUGCAAUCGGAGAAUACUCAAAUAGGACGCAGCCUGAGACGGGAAAAAAGUGCCAACAAGUGUUCCACCAGGACUGCACUCGCAGAAAACACCAUUGCAUUUAAAUUGGCUUAUCGACUAUCAUUUUGUCUCAAAACCUCUCGUUUUGGAAAUUAGCUGCUCAGUUUUUCUCACAGUGUCUGUGUGUUUGUUGGACGUGAAAAUGAAAUACUCAAGUUAUCAAGGAUUGUAAAGAGGAAAAUCAAUAUGUUAAAUAUAGAGAGAUCUGCAAUUAUGCAAUUACAAUUGUAGUAACUUAAAAAUCAAAAUUUUCAAUUAUGUUAUCGUGGUUAUCAUAGAAUCAGCAUCAGUCUUUCAAUUAUUUAUGUGCAUCCCCUCAUUAAUUAUUAUACAAACAGCCAACCUCUUUUUAACAAACGAAAUACCAAACACAAAUUGUAAAAUUAGUUAUUAUGUUUAUAAAAAAAAAUGUUCAGAAAUUUAUUAGAUCAUUAAAUAAUCGACUAAA